AUGACAUCAUCCGUCCUCCCGAAGAACAAGAGGACCAUUCACACAGCGGCAUGCCUGAUCAUUGGUGACGAGGUCCUUGGUGGAAAGACUAUCGACACCAACUCCGCCUUCUUCGCCAAGUUCUGCUUCUCCCUCGGCAUCCAACUGAAGCGCAUCGAAGUCAUUGCCGACGAUGAGAGCGAAAUCAUUGAGGCAGUGCGACGUAUGAGCGACCGCUAUGACUUCGUCGUCACCAGUGGAGGCAUUGGUCCAACCCACGACGAUAUCACCUAUGAAUCGAUAGCCAAGGCCUUUGGUCUGAACCUAAAGCUCCACCAAGCCGCCUUCGAGCGUAUGAAGAAGCUCUCCAAGCCCCAUCCCAUGCAACCAAACUUCGAUUGGGACACCCCCUCACCUAGUCUGACGGCGAAGCUGCGCAUGGUCGAGAUCCCUCACGACGAGUCUGUGCCUUUGGAGGAACAGGCUGUGUUUGUUGCGGAUGACAUGUGGGUGCCCAUUGCUAUCGUCAACGGCAACGUCCAUAUCCUUCCUGGUGUUCCUCGUCUCUUCGAAAGGCUGCUCGAACACCUGAAGCCGAACCUGUUGCCUCGCUUAGUCAAUCCGGAGGGAAAGGGCAUCUAUCGCUACCUGUUUAGCACACCACUCCCGGAGAGUACGGUCGCUCCCUACCUGACGGAACUCGCUACUCGUGUUGCUUCGAAGAACAUCAAAGUUGGCAGUUACCCCCGGUGGGGUAAUAAGCGCAACACUGUGACUCUGGUCGGCACUGACAAGGAGUUCAUGGACUCGCUUAUCGCAGAGGUGGAGCAGAAUGUCGAGGGAACCAAGGUAACUCGAGAGGAUGAGCUUGACCCUCCCUCGGACGCUGAGGAGGGCAAAUAA